GCGGAGGGUUGGUCGUCUCCAGACGUCACUCGCGUCUCUCCGUGGAAGGGCGAGACGGAGGGGGGCGUGGCUAGGGUUGCGUUCCUGCCGGUUGAGGGGAGGGGGGCUGUGAGGCGCUGCUCCUGUCAGACCCACUUCUUUCCUCAGAGGGGCCCCCCUUGCCCGACAACAGAACACGCAUGCGCGCUGUGAGAGAACCGGCAAGUGGUCUUCCGCCGCCAUGGAGCCCGGGCGGGAGGAGAGGAGAACACUCCUGUGAGGACAAAGUGUGCAGCAUGAUGGAUUCAGAAGACCUUGUCCUUCAGAAGCCAAAGACAGACCAGAUUGGUCACCGGGUUGUAAAUGUGAGCUCAGGCAAACAUUACUUCUGUGGUUACUGUGCGGCCAUCACAAACGUCGGAGUCACUUUCCCCAUCCAGAAGGUCCUCUUUCGUCAGCAGCUAUACGGCGUGCGAACCAGAGAUGCAAUACGUCAGCUGCAGAAGGACGGUCUCAGGAACCUGUACCGUGGAGUCCUUCCUCCGCUGAUGCAGAAGAGCACCACCCUGGCGUUAAUGUUCGGUCUGUAUGAAGACCUCUCCUCCCUUCUUCUCAGUCGUGUGAGUGCCCCCGAGCUUUUGACCCGGAGCGUGGCAGCAGUGCUUGCUGGAACAACAGAAGCUGUUCUGACCCCCUUUGAGCGCGUCCAGGUGCUUCUUCAGGACCACAAACACCACGAUAAAUUUACAAACACUUUCCAAGCCUUCAGGGUUCUCCGAGAACAUGGAAUCAGGGAAUAUUAUCGAGGGUUGGUGCCGAUUCUGCUCCGGAAUGGUCCCAGUAACGCGCUUUUCUUUGGCCUUAGAGGACCUAUCAAGCAGUGUUUGCCUGAAGCAACCACGUACAGGACUCAUUUGAUCAACGACUUUAUCUGCGGAGGCCUCUUGGGGGCUAUGCUGGGAUUCCUCUUUUUCCCACUGAACGUUGUGAAGGCCCGCAUGCAGUCGCAGAUUGGCGGGGAGUUUCAGCCAUUCUCCAAGGUCUUCAUGACGAUUUGGAUGGAACGCGACCGGAAAGUGACGCAGCUCUUCCGGGGAGCCCACCUCAAUUAUCACCGGUCCCUGAUCUCCUGGGGCAUUAUCAAUGCAACCUACGAGUUCUUGCUCAAGUUACUAUGAAAAAUGGUACUGUCUUGCAAAGUUCCUUUUUUUUUUUCUCACUUGGGCAAUCAGCCAGCACUGAGUUGUCCGUUUCCAGGGAGCAAAACUAAUCAUAAAACAAACUUGCAGUAAACAGCAGUGAGCUCUGGAACAUUUGGGGAAAUAAUAGUAGGUAAGGCUGUCUGUCAGUUGUUUGGUUCAGUGCCUACGUAGUGUUAAAAUGUGAUUGCAUUUCAUCUUAUUAAUGGCCUAUAAGACUAUGGGUGUGAGUGGCAGUGGGCUGGCUGAAUAGUUUUUCUUUUGUGUGUGAGAAUGUGGCUAGCAGGAGGAUUCACCUCUCGUUUAUUUUUUUGUGUGUUGGCCCACAGCCAGCUUGCUCCAGAUCACCUUCAGCGUCUCGCAACACUCCUGGUGAUCCAAAGAAUGCACUUUGAAGAAAUGUUAAUGGGACAGAAGAUUUUAUAAAAUGCUAUUUAAUUCCUGUUUUGUAACACAUGGCGGCAUGUGGACUUCCAACUUGCGUGAUGCUUUCUCCCCCUCUCCACUUUUUGUUACUCUUUGAAAAACGACAGCCAAAAUUGGAAAGGAAAUCUAAAUCUUAAGAGUUCUACAAAAAGUUGUCAAAAUUGCUUUUGCUACGCAGUUGUGACGAAUGCCGUUUUGUCAAGACUGACUAUUUUAAUUUCAGAGGCCAAGUUCACCAUAACUCCAGUGGCAGGUGUAACUGUUCAUAAACUGGGUGGUGAAUGACUGCUGAAGAAAAAUUGAGAGCAGCUUUAUUAUUUGAAGAGCUUUACAGUCGCCUUCCUGCUAUAUGCUUCCUGCUACACCUAACUUCGUCAGUGUAGAUUUUUGUUUUGUCCUGUACACUGCUUACUGGUUGCAAGUGGUAUGCUUUUUCAUAAUCUUUUGCUUUGGGUGCAAAAUCACAAACGAUAGCAUCAGAAUCAAACAAAAGCAUUUUAAAAUCCCGUUGAUUUGAAUGGGAUGCAAAAGCUUUUAACUUCUGGAGAUUGAGCUCUGUGUUAAUAUUGCCACCCCCUAAAAUUCUGACUUAGCUAAUGAAUUUUCAUAUCUGAACAACUUUUGGAUCUUCUAGUUGAACAGGCAUUUAGCAAAUGUCAGUGGAGAAAACAUAUCAAGGUGUGAACAUCUGCCUUUUUAUGGGGAAUAUUGUUGGGGUAGAUUAGAGUUGCUUCCUGCAGUGCUCAGGUAGAAGUGGACAGAAGGUCCUCCCCUAAUGUGAACUGCAGCCUACACAAGUAGCCCUGCUCACAGGUUCUGCCCAUCUGGGUUUUUUUUUUUUUUUUUUUUUGCAGUCUGUAGAUUAUGUUGCUGGGAGCCUUGCUUUGUGUCUAACCUGCACUCAAUGAGCAGUGUUUGAAAUGGCCUGCAGAAUAGGGGCAGAAGACCAUGCAUAUGUGUAAAAAGAAAAUACAACCUUGAAAGUAGCUCUCUCUUGCAUUAGUUGGAGCCAGGCCUUUUUUUUGUAGUAGGAACUCCUUUGCAUAUUAGGUUACACCCCCCCCCACCCAAUGUAGCCAAUCCUCCAAGAGCUUACAGGGCUCUUUUUACAGGGCCUAUUGUAAAUUCUUGGAGGAUUGGUUACAUUAAGGGGGGUGUAGCCUAAUAUGCCAAGGAGUUCCUGCUACAAAAAAAGCUCUGGAACUUGGAGCUGAUUUUUUUUUUCUGUGUUCAUUCAAUCAUGCUGACAAACGUUAUCUGUAUAAAUUCCAGAAUUCACAGGUGGGGAGAGGGUAUUAAACCUAAAGAAAUGCAAUGCAAAAAAGUCUCAAGUGUUGGGAAGGAAAGCAACGCCUCAAAUAACACUUGUCUUAUUGUGUGACUGGGGAUUUUUAUAUAGUUUUUUUUUUUACAAAUGUUAAUAAGCGUUAAUAUUUUUCCUAUUAGUGAUGUACAGGAAAGCUUUCCCAGACUGAACUGAUUGUCCUCUUAAGUGUUGAAUGUUUUCUUUAAUAAUAACUUCUCAGCAUCCAGACAGUACAAUUCUUUUUUUACCUCGCCUACCAUCCACAUGAUAAAUUGCCGUCAAGCAGCUGAUUAAUCCUGACCGAAUAUAUCCCAUUUCUUGACUCUUGUACUGAUCUUGCUUAGCCUCACAGCCAGAUUGCCAAGCACAAAAAGGAAGAAUGUUUGAUAUAUUGAAUGUUGUGAUUACGUGCAUUUAAGUAUGUCCUAUUGGAAGUUUAUUACUGGUAAAAUCAGAUUUUACCAGGGCAUUUUGUUUUGUAACUUUUCCUUGAUGGAAUAAAACAAAAGUAAAUCUUG